GCGCACUGCAACUGGACGGUGCACUACGACAGGCGGGCAGCAGCGAAGGAUGUCCGCCCAUAUGGACAUGGAUACAGGAGGUGUUUGGAAGUAUGCUGCCAUGAUCCUACGUGCAAGGCGCUGGAAGUGAAAUCCUCCGGACACGGGCACCACGGCGAGUGUAACGAGAUCAGCGGGGCACCGACGCUGGACAGCGCGCAGAG